UUCCACAUCUACCCAAACCAGUCAUCUAAAGUUCUAAACUAAAACCCACGCUUCUAGCCUCUCUCUCUCAAAUCCCAGCCCGCCGCUUCGUAUUUCCACCUCCGGCCUUCCUCUCCAAAACCUCGGCAGAACCCUUAUCCACCCCCAACACCACUUGGUGGUGUUUUCUAGUUCACAAAAAAAGUAUAUAAAAAUCUCCCCCCUCCAUCCAUUAGCAAAUGGCGGCCGCUUCUACCUCAGAAAUAACAGAGGGACCCGUCCUUAGCCUGAUCACCAAACGCCUUCGCGGUCUCAAGAAGAAAUUCAACCGAAUCGUCCAGAUGGAAGAGUCAAUCGCCCAAGGAAAGCCUAUUAACAAAGAACAAGAGGACUUCCUCCGUUCCAAACCCUCUGUCGCUGCCGCAAUUGAUGAGCUUGAGAAGCUGCGCCAGCCUCUCUCUGUCGCUGUGUCCGAAGAAAUUGAGCUUGCUGCCCAUCGACUCAACCCUAAAUCUGACAGCACAGUUGUUCCGGAAGCAAGUAAUGGAGUGGUGGAGGAUCUGUUGCAUUUGUUUUAUUUUGGGUGCUUGUUUGAUGUAAGGUCCCAGAACGAUUUCACUGCCACCAUGUUGACUCGGACGCAUGAAAGAGGUUGCUGCUUGACUUAUGAUUAUGUCACUGAUGAUGCUACGGAUCUGCUUAGCGAGAGGGAUUUGGAUAUGAUUUCUAUACUGGGUGGUGGUUUGCUCAUUUCGCGCCCUGUCAAUUCUAGCUUAUCUCAUAAGAAUGCUUUGCAGCGAUGCAUGGAGCAUGCCAAGUUGUGGCUGGCUAAUUCUGACCAACCAAUUGAUUCGAACGUCAACGUUUCCUAUGCUGAAUUGAGGGAGAAGCUCAAUAAGAUCAUGGCUUCUGAUUAUUUCACUACAACACCAGAGAUUAAAGCUCCAGUGGAAAUGGCUGCUGCUGCUGGCAAUUAUGUGCCGUUCCAAGUUCCUUUCUCAGCACAUAUGGACGAAGACUCUGUGGCGCAAUACCAGCCAAAGGAACAAGAGACAGAAAAUAUCCAACAUGAAACUGGUGAUGAUCAAUCUUGUCCUGCUGAGGAACUUCAGAAGGAUGAACAAGAGACUGAAAACCCAGCAGUUGUCUCGGAUCAAGAAGAGCAAGACAACCCAUCUAGAGAAGUUGAAGUAUAUUAUAAUCAGAGAGAGGUAGGGCAUGUAGAAGUUGAUCAUAAUCAGAGAGAGGCAGAGCCUAAGGAGCAACAAUACGUUUCUCGAAGGAACUACCAGAACCAAAGAGGUGGUCGCGGCGGCGGCAAUGGUGGUCGCAGGGGUUAUUCAAAUGGUCGUGGUGGUCGAAGUGGUGGUAGAGGAGGUGGUGGCUACCAGAUUGACCGCAACCAACACUAUGAUCAGCCUGGAAACUAUUAUCAGAGGAACAACUAUAAUAAUCAAGGAAGGGGUGUCAGAGGUGGUGGGCACACUUAUAACAACAAUGGUUCUACAGGUGAAGCCCCGGCUGAUGUUGGGGUGGCUUCAUGAUGACACUCGUUGCUUGUCCGUAGGGUGUCGAGUUCCAUGUUUUUUAGGCUGGUGGUGAAAACAUUUCUUUUGCUUUAUGUGAAACUUGUCCAGAAUGCAGGUUGAUGUUUACGAAUACACCACCCAGGACACCCCUCCUUUUUGUAGUUCAGCCUGCGAACUUCCAUUGAAAACUUUUAAGAAAAUGAAGUUCAGCUUGAUUUGCUAAAAAAGGGGUUAAUUAGCGAACUUUUAGCGGCUUCUUGUUGAUGAACUUGAUCGGUGUUGGGUUAGGCAGGCAGGCAGAUAGGUUUUCUUGGUAUAUGUGGCAGAGCUGUAAGGUUUAUUGUUAUUUAACUCUACUUCUCUCGCCGUUCA